GAAAUAAAUAGAUUGCAAGAAGAAAAAAGUUUGACGAAGAAAGUAACAGUGGUGGUGCAUAAGUAUGUAUGUACACCAAGCAAGGAUGUCGCUGAGAUUUCAGGUGACACUCGUUCAGGCUGCGUUUCAAUCGAUCGCCGCUCGUCCAACUUGGGCUUCGACAAACCACGACGAGGGACCGGAAGAUGGCAGACAAACGACGCGUCAGGGGUCUUGCGAUCCAUCGGCCGAUCGUCUACGGCAGCGUUGCAACGAUGAUACCGGUUGAGGAGCGAAUCGCGAAGCCGGACCACAACAUGCGCUGGACGGUGGCCGUGCGGUCAGCGGCGUCGCCCCCGCCGGGCUCGGCGAUCCUGGAAGAGCGGGCGAUCCCGGGAGACGUGAUUGGCGGAUCGGACGAUCUGUCAUACUUCAUCAAGAAGGUCACCUUCAAGCUCCACGACUCGUAUCCCAACCCGUUGCGGGUCGUCGACAAGGCGCCCUUCGAGCUCAGCGAGACCGGCUGGGGCGAGUUCGUCAUCGGCAUCAAGAUCCACUUCCUCUCCGAGUCCGCCGAGAAGGCCAUCCAGCUCCAACACCCUCUCAAGCUGCACGACUGGACGGCCGACCCUAACUCGUCGAUCCCGCCGGUCUGGCUCGACCAGUCUCUGGCCGAUUCUGGGCCGCAACCUGGCUCCUCAUCAGGAGUCCCACUAGACCCAGUCCCUUCGAAGCCCGACCCCAUCGACCAAGUAUCCCUGACCAACAAGAAUCCUCCUCCUCCUCCUUCUACUUCCACCGAUUCCACUCUGCCAUCCAAACCUAGUCCGCUGGUCCAUUCAUGGCAAUACGACGAGAUCGUAUUCACCGAUCCCGUCGAGACUUUCUACUCCAAACUGCUCGCCCAUCCGCCCACUCCCUUACCAGCCCAAAACAGAUUCCCCUCAGGGACCGUCCAACAGAUCGGUAAUAAGGGCGAGACCGGCGAAUUCUCCGCCGAUAUCGCCCAGCGCGAAUUCCGCAAACUCGACUGGGCUGAACUCAAUAUCCUCAUCGAAAUCGAUCGGCUCCGCGGUAAACUCUCCCUCGAUGAACGCGAACUCAAUCAGAUUAAAAAACUCUUACUUCAGUCUGCUUCUUGACUCAUUUUCGUCCCAAACACUACUUUCUUCGGGCCUCGUUGACUUAUUCUCCUAUUUUGUAUGAAACAAAAAAAUUGUAUGUCUAAUAUUUAUAUAACUUUUCAUCUAUUCAUGAUAUGUAUGAGUGUUUUUUUUUGGCAGAGGGA